AUGGGAAACCUGUCGACCACCAGAACUUCAUUGGUGUUGCUGAUGGGUCUGUGCUACUGCCUGUCAGGUGCACUUGCUCUAACAGGCGGUUGGGUGGAGACCGACCCUACAUGGGUGACACCGGGCGAAUGGGAGGGCGAGGACGGCAUCCGGCGGGUUGCCGGCUACGUCCUGGACGCCAACUUCAAGACGACAUGGAGACCUGGAGAUGAGGAGGCCUCCUGGCGGCUGACGUUUGAUCUGCAGGCGCCCAUGACGCUCUCCAGGAUCCAUAUAUGGUACAAGGGCAGCAGCGUCGACGUAACAGUCCUACGCUCGACUGGGCGAAGUUGGGCCGAAGUGGAUCACAAUUGGGGUCAACAAAACAGGGUUCUGUCACCUCUAAACGGAAUCGAUCUAAGUGACAACCCCAAGACAAAAGGGGUGCCACUUAACGAAAUUGAUCUAAAUGGACUCCUCAGCCCCAGAGCCCAGCUUUGGCGCCUAGAGUUCCCGCGUGAGAGUCAGGCAGAAAUCAUCGAAAUCAGCGAGAUCAGGUUUUUUCAGGCUUGCUCCCAAGUUGAGAGGACGGUCUGCACAGACGGAGACUGUGACGUGCAUGAGGUGAUCUGUGACGGCAUAGUGGACUGUGAUGAUGGGAGCGAUGAAAACAACUGUGAUGAAGAGACGUGUCCAAAUGGAAUCACCAUCAGGGAGACACGAGUGUGUGACGGUACAGACGAUUGUGGAGACAACUCAGACGAACAACACUGCUGCGAGCGGCAGGGCAAGACAUCAUGCAGCAAUGGACAGUCUCCUUCUGCCUGUGACAAUGGGGCCCUGUUCCAUUCGGCCACUCGGUGUGACGGCAAAGAUGACUGUGGAGAUAACAGUGAUGAGAAGAACUGCGACUGUUACUACCUACGGGACAAAGGGGCAAGCUACAGGGGCCUAGCCAGCCGGGACAGUUCCUGUCAGUUCUGGACAUCUCAGUACCCCCACGCCCAUAACCACACGCCCGAGGCCUACCCGUCAGCAGGGCUGGAGCGGAACUACUGUAGGAACCCGGACGGGAAGGACAGGCCGUGGUGCUACACCAACAACCCGCUAGUCAGGGCUGGAGCCCGGCUGUGUCAGAGAUGGGACUCCCAGUCCCCCCACAGCCAUACCCACACACCACAGGCUCAUCCUGAUGCGGGGCUGGAGGAAAACUUCUGCCGUAACCCUGACAACAAGGAGCGGCCCUGGUGCUACACCACGGACGGGACGCGGAGGUGGGACUACUGCAAUGUCAUGGAAUGUGCUGGUAAGAAAUAUCCAUUUUCAAUGAACUCCAUCGACGACCAAUGCCCGAUACCAAAUAAAUGCGCCCUUGUCCAAACGCCAUCUGAGGAGAACGAAGAUUUUUGUCAAUGUGACAACGACUGUGGUUUCUUCGGCGACUGCUGCAAAGGCUUCGAGUUCGAAGAAAGCAGCACAACUCAACCAUCGCCUGCCCACCACCAUCUGAAAUGGAGGUGUGUGCCUAGCUUUUCCACAGUUAGAUCGCUAUCCUAUUGGAUGGUUGCUGACUGCCCUGACCAAUGGACGGACGACGUCAUAAAGGAUCAGUGUUUGAAACCAGUCGAUCCCUUCAACCCUAGUGACCUGGUCUACUGGAUGCCUGUGAUAGACACAGAGGUUCACUGGAGUACAUCAACAUCACUAAUGGUGGCGAUUGCUUUGGGACGAACAGGAAGUCAUGUGUAUGGUUCAUCAAAUGAAACUGCGUCAUUGCUGAACUGCACCGAACCUGCAUUGACAUUUACAUCUGAAGAGUUCCAUGUCCUUCCCAAUGGUAGUGUCCACCUGUUGAGUUCUAACGUGUCCUGUCCGGCUGGUCAGGUGGAAAUACUGAACACAACAGCGUCAGUUUGUGGUGAGUGCGUCCUGCAACAUUUCUUCAACAACACGCAAACAGACAGCAGUAGGGACGCUGUCCAGGGUUGGCUAACUCUGGGUCUUGUGUCAGCGUCUGCCGUAGCUGUGGUCGGUUUCGUGUACUACACGUACAAAUCUGACCAGUGGAAAAAGCUCUCGGAAAAGCUGAAGGUGCAGAUGAUGGCAUGCAUGGCGACUGCUGAAGUCCUGUUUGUGGCACGGGGGUUCGUCCCUGUCGGACGGGGCUGUACAGCGCUGGCGGUACUUCUGCACUACCUUCUACUAACCGCCUUUUCAGCCAUGAACGCACUAGCUGUGGAUCUCUUUCUUACAUUUCGUCAGGAUGCAGAGAGAGUCAAACUGUACAAGCACAUCUUGUAUACAUGGCUGGUGCCGGUACCUGUAGUCCUUGCUACGGUGAUUGUGGAAUUCGGCAGUUCUGUUAGGGUGGGGUACGGGGAAAACUGUUGGAUAGGCAAUCCUACAGCCAGUCUGGUGGCUUUUGGGAUCCCUGUCCUCUGUGCCCUUCUGGUCAAUGUAGUCUUGGUCACUUAUGUAUUGCUGGCCAUUCGGAAGUCAUUUCAGAUAGGCCACGCUGCAAAGGCUCGCUCAGACAUCAGCAAGGCCUGGGUGUACGUGCGUAUCUCGUUCAUGAUGGGAUUCACUUGGAUUCUAGGCUACAUCUACCCUUACGUCAACAGCCCAGCUGUCCAGUACAUCUUCAUUGUGCUGAAUGCUUCUCAGGGCCUGCUGCUGACAGUGUUGAUGACAUUGACGGGGGAGGUGUUGAAGAAAUGGAAGUCUGCGAUCCAGGCACGUUUUGGUCUGGCUGAAGCUCAUCAGGACAAUAGACGAACCACCACUACCAUCCGACGGUCAACCGCAGCGAAGACUGAGCUAACGGCAGGUGGAACCGGCUCAGCUAGAGAGAUACCCAUGACAACUUUGGCCGCUUUGGAGGAGGACAGGGCGCUCGGGGAGGCUCACCAGGACAGUGCCCCAACCGCCAACAAUGAGCAGGCAAACGCAGAUGAGGCAAUGGUAAGUGGAACCGACUCUGCUACAGACAUACCCAUGACUACUUUCGCUCAAGUGAAUGACACCGGGGAUAAAGACGAGCAUUAA